AUGGCGAGAUUUCUAGAGAAAUAUUUUCCAGACAGUGCCAGGCAUGAGAGAGAGGCGAAAUUCCUCACAUUCCAGCAGGGGAACCUGACUGUGCAGGCAUACACAAACAGAUUUGAGUACUUGGCCAGGUUCUACUCGCCCACCGUCACCGAGGAGUGGAGAUGCAGAAAAUAUGAGGGCGGGCUGAAACACGAGCUGCACCGUUUUAUUGUACCUCUCCGGAUUAGGGAGUUUCCAGUCUUGGUGGAGCAGGCCAAGGCCGUAGAGCAGCUGGAGAUGGGGCCCAGCAGAGGGGCUCGACCUCAAAAGACUACCUCUAAUUCACGACAGCAGAAGAAGCCGUAUGACAGACCACAAAGUUCGGUUAGGAAACUACAGUGCUAUAACUAUGGUGGGGAACAUCUUCAGAGGGAUUGUCCAAAACCCUCAAGCAGCUCUAGUGGUGGUGGUAGCACUGGCAAGUGCUAUGUUUGUGAUCAGACGGGCCAGCGAAGAAACCAGUCGGGGAUCGACCUAGAGCCCCAGGUCGUGUAUUCGCCUUGA